AUGGAUUAUGAGUCUGAACGAACACGUUCCCUUGGUUGCUGGGAUAGUUGGGCACCAUUAAGUCAAAACAUUGAGAAAUGGACCAUCAACCCUGGAUUGGUGACUGAUGAUUUCGAGCCUGAGGAUGAAUAUUGUGAUUUUUUGAUCGGGACAGGAUUUAAUGAUUGCUCAUCAGAUGUGCGAGAAUUUUGGAGGAAAACAAUUAAGGAAACAUACCGCGGCGACGAAGGUAGGAAACGAAUUCGAAUGGCAGCCAUAAAUCUCAGGGACCGCGACGGAUUGCAUGGACGCUUACCGGAUGUGCGGUGUCCGGUUCUGUGGUUACACGGAACAUCGGAUGUAGUAUAUAGUGUGCCGAAUGCACAAGAAGAGAUCAAGAUGUUUGUUAAUGCUGCCAGUAAAGAGCUUGUCAUCGUGGAAGGAGGGGCUCAUUUCUUGAGUGCAUCUCAUCCGGAUGAGGUUGGAAGGGCGUUGAUUGAGUUUGUUGAGAGGCAAAAGGGUUUGGAACUGGAAAUAUGA